AUGGCCAAAGAUCGCCUUGUGAUUGCAAUUGACUACGGCACCACUUUUACGGGCGUCGCGUUUUGUCAUAGGGAUUUAGGAACUCUACCCGUCCUCCAGGCGAUACAUCUGAUCACCGACUGGCCUGGACAACGGCUGAACGCAACCAACGAGAAAGUUCCAAGCCAAAUCGCAUACUUCGACGGUGGAUUCGAAUGGGGAAACAGAAUAAGACCCCGAACAAGGAGAGAGGCUUGGACGAAGCUUUUACUCGAUGAAAAGGAGACUCGAAAACUCGCGGUGGACCUCUUGACGGGGAAUAAUAACGACGACGGAAGCCCCCCGCCAUAUCCUGGUAAGCCCCCAGUGGAAAUCGCAGGCGACUUUCUCUCUGGAGUCAAGAAACAUCUCGAGGACAGCCUGAAAACACGAUAUGGGAAGAUAGCGAGCCUGUUUGAGAGGGAUAUCGUCAUUACUGUGCCUGCUGUAUGGUCAGACAGAGCCAAAGACCUCACUUGCCAGGCUGUGUCCCGGGCAGGAUUCCACGACGCCAAUACAACGAUUUCCAUCAUCACAGAACCCGAGGCUGCGGCAAUUUAUGCUUUGAAAGAGAUGAGAGAAGGUCCUUUCUCACAUAUUUCGGUCGGAGACAAUUUUAUUGUCUGUGAUGCUGGAGGAGGGACAGUGGAUCUCAUUUCGUACAAGGUGGAUUCGAUAGCCCCGGCUUUCAAGGUGACCGAGGCAGCUCUCUGGCUCAAACGAAAGCUGGGAGACAAAAAUUUCAAGAAAAUAAAAGAGGACAAACUUCUAGCAGGAAGCAAAUUGAUGACUGACUUUGAAUUCAUCAAAGCGGCUUUCUGUGGCGACAAUUUACAGUUCUACAUCAGCUUGCCCCAUGAGGUUGGAAUCGUUGACGACGAGGAACUAGGAAUUGCUGAUCAAGAAGUUAGACUAGGCCCGGAUGACGUGCAAAGCAUAUUUGAUCCUUGCGUCCACCGAGUCUUGACGUUGAUUGAUGGCCAGAUCAAUGAGGUUACAUCAAAGGGGGGCAAGGUCAAGUACGUCCUGCUUGUUGGGGGAUUUGGCAUGUCCGACUAUCUGUAUAGGAGAAUCAAAGACCAUUGUGGGAAGGCAUCGAUUGAGGCAAUCAGACCAACUCAUCCUUGGUCAGCGGUAGUUCGAGGUGCGCUUCUCCAACGGCUUGAUACACCGAGCCAAAAUCUGGUGCAAGUCCGUUUAUGCCGUCGAUAUUAUGGUACCAGUGUGCUCGAACUAUUCGAUAAAGACAGACAUUCCGAAGCAGAUAUGUUCAUGUAUCCCAACACGAAUGACAUCUAUGCCAAAGGCUGCAUGAAGUGGCUGCUGUCAAAAGGGGACGCUCUACCUAUUUCAAAGCGGAAGAAAGCGUUUAUCAAUGUCAGUGAUAUCUUUCGUAAGGAUGAACCUCGAAUCUCCCACGCAACGCUGUGGGCUUAUGACGGCGACAAUCCACCGCUCCGAGAAAAGGACGGUCCUUACAAAGUGUGCGUUUUGGCAGCCGACCUGAGCAACGUGCCAGAGGACAAAUUCGAAAAGGCAGGGAAAGAAGGUGAUGAAAUGGCGAUUGUGACUUUCAAGAUCGAAAUCACAAUUGAAGACUCCAUGUUUGAAUUCAGAAUCUUAUUCGAUGACCAAGAGUACGGGUCUGUCAGAGGGGAGUAUGUCUAG